AUGGCCCAGAAAUCCCCCACCAUUGAGGUGACCAACCUCAGCUACAAUUUCCAGGGUUCCACCUCGGGCCUCAAGGACAUCUCCCUCUCCGUGCCCUCGCGCUCGCGCACCCUCCUCAUCGGCGCCAACGGCGCCGGCAAGACCACCCUCCUCCGCCUCCUCGCCGGCAAGCGCCUCGCCCCGCAGGGCGGCAUCUCCAUCGCCGGCGUCGAUCCCUUCAAGGAAGGGCUCGAGGGUGUCACCUACCUCGGCCUCGAAUGGGUCUUGAACCCCAUUGUCCGCACCGACAUUGGUGUUCUUGAGCUCCUCCGUUCCGUCGGCGGCGAUGCCUACCCGGACCGCCGCGACGAGCUCGUCUCCGUCCUCGAUAUUGACACCGCCUGGCGCAUGCACGCCGUCUCCGACGGCGAGCGCCGCCGCGUCCAGCUCGCCAUGGGUCUCAUCCGCCCCUGGACCAUCCUCCUGCUCGACGAGAUCACCGUCGACCUCGACGUGCUCAGCCGCGCUGAGUUCCUGGGCUGGCUCCGCCACGAGACGGAGAUCCGGGACUGCACCAUCGUCUACGCGACCCACAUCCUCGACAACCUCGCCGGCUGGCCGACGCACCUUGUUCACAUGCACCUCGGCACCGUCCGCGAGUGGGACACGGCCGGCAAGUUCCUCGACGGCGUCGGGGGUGGCACCGGGAACAGCACCCUCGGCGAGCUGGUGCUCGGCUGGCUGCGCCAGGACCUCAAGGACCGCGGCCCGAGGUCGCAGUCCCGCAUUGAGUCCGAGGGCAAGACGUACGCUGCUGGCGGGUACGGGGGCUACGGUGACGAGUCUGACAAGCUGAAAUAA